AGUGUGCAGUAAAUGGAGUACAAAGUUUCCUUUAUUCUGUGUAGAGUCUGAACGCCUCAAGUGGCCUUGCUUUCUCAUAUUUUAAUAAAACAAGGCCUUCAUUCAUCACUGCUUGAAUCUGGGAACAUGCUGGGUCUACUUAAUAACAGGUUGUACCGUAAGGAGGUCGCACUUGGAAAAACUGGAAUUUGCGGAGAUUAAUUCUGGCUGCAAUGGGCAGGGAGGGCCUUUUCGCAGUCCUGUACGCUGCCUCGGCAGUCUUGUCCGUCGUGACGGUCGCUGCAUCCACCACCGUGUGGCUCCACUGGAGUGAGAUCCUGGACAACUGCGCCUCCAGAUACUGCGGCUGCAUACUUAAUGGGGAAAGUUCACCCAUCAUGUUCAGUGGCGGAGAAAUCCAGCUGUGCCAUUUUGUGUCAUUUGCGCCGCUGCCUGUUUUUGCAAUAGCUCUGAUUUUGAGCUGUUACUACGGCUAUCAGGCCUGCAUGUACAAGAAAGUAACCAGAAGGACUUCUAAAAGAAGGAGCGGCAGGAGUGUGGCAGUGGCGAGGUCGGCGGCGGAGGACCCGCAGGCCGGCGGCGGUCAGAUGGCGCUCGCGUGGUGGCUGGUGCUGCUGGUGACGUCAGUCCUGUGCUGCCUGCUGUUGCUGGCGGCGGCCGCCGCGCUCACCGCCGGCUACCACGCCUCGUGCUCGCAGUACCGAGAGACGGCGGUGCGCGAGCUGGGCGCUGUGGGGGACGCCGCCGCCGCCGUCUACGACCGCCUCAGCUGCGGCGCCAUCUUCGACAUCAUGGACUUCGUGGAGCCCCACACGCGGCCCUUCCUCGCCAAGGUGGGACAGGAGGACUACUACCCGCUGUCGGAGCAGAGGGACCGCUACCGCGGGGACCCUGUAGACACCGGCGGCGCGCUCGUGGCCGCCAUCGUCAGCUCGUGGCUCAACUCUGUGGUCUGGCUGGUGCUGGUCGCGGCCGACGUGAAGCUCUACGGACGCUGCAAGUGCUGCUAGGCUCCGGUCACUUACUGAUCGAUC